AUGGCCGCCCUACUGCCCCCAAAAUACAACCCCUCCGACUCAGAGCUCAUCAAUGCGCUGCACCGUUUGCACAAACAAUCCCCGAAACUCGUCCGAUCGUCGAAAUACGAGGCGCCGCAGGAUGCGAGCAUCAUCCGGGAUGUCAAGGAGAAGGAGGAUGAGAGUGGCGGAGAGAGGGAGAGGGAGUAUAGGAUCGUGGCGAGGGGGUAUGAUAAGUUUGCUAUCAUCGGGGAGGUCCCGUGGACUACCUGGGCGGCCCUCGAAGAACAUACAACGCCGCCGUACACGCUCACGCUCAAAUUAAACGGCUGCAUUAUUUUCAUCGGCGCACUCACGCCUGACAAACUGCUCAUCACCUCCAAACAUUCACUCGGGCACUGGGAGAGUCCGGACUGGAUCGCACCGCAUGUGUUGCUGCCUUCUCAUCCCCGACUCGAAAUGAUCGCUUUCCGCGGUAUCGACACGCGUAUCAUCUUAGCGCUUGCAUUGACAACCAACGUGCCCUCGGCGGACAAUACCGCCUUUUUUCCCCUCCUGCAACAAAUUUCCUCGAUCCUCAGUCCCGAAGCGUUCCCUAACCUGAAGUACCUGAGGGAUCUGAGCGUGGAGAGCGAUUCGAUAAGGAGGCGGAGACCGGAGAGGGCUGUGGUGCAGUUUUGGGCGAAGGUGCUGGGACGGUGUAGGGAGAGAGGUGUGUGGUUGAAGGACGUGGAGGGAUUCAACGUGACGAUGGGUACCUUGAGGAGGGCUAGGAAGGUUUUGCAUGUGUGGGAGGCGGUGGAGGAGGCGAGGUCAAGGGGAUGA